AUGGGUUCUGAGCGCUCUCUCGCCACGCUUCUUCGAUCUCUACAAACUGCAUCCGUCGCCGAAGAUGCCUUUAGAUUACUUCCCUCCGCAACUGGCCUCCUAUCCCUCCUUACGAAUCCGCUGAAUGUAUCAUUAUUAUCAUCGCAGCUGCUGUGCUGCCCGGCCUUAUGGGAAGGAGAACCUGGACUUCAGACCUGUCGCAGGUUGAUUGGCGUGUUUAACAGUGCAGCUAUUACAAUUAUACAACACGAAUCGUCGCAUGGCACAAGGUCCGUUUAUCUUCAGCGGCGUGGCUUGGAGCGGGAAGAAUGGUUAAAGGCCGUCAUAAAUGGUGCAGAUGAAAAGUCUCCACGAUGGAGACAUCUCCUGCUCCUUGGUGGCGUGUUACUAGGAUUUGAAGGACAGAGCCGGCAAGCUCUAUCAGUACACUGGAGAAAGAAACUUGAGUCAGCGCUGGUCAAGGCACUGCAGCUUUCACUGGCCGAGUUGGAAGAUUCCCCGAGAGUUGCGGCGCAUACCAUUGUCCUAGUUUUGAAUUAUACGUUCGACCUGCUGUCGGAUUGGGAGCGAAGCCAGAUCGACUACGAAAUUCUGCUCCCUAUCCUUGUCGACUCCGCCUAUUUCUCUGAGGAGGGCCUUGGCUCGGGCUACUUCCUGGGAGCGAUUGAUCGUGAUGUCCGUGAAGUGAAGGAUAAGAGAUUUGCAUGGCCAGAGCAGUCUCCCACUUUCCGCCAAGUUAGCACCAUAUUAUCAAGGCCACUUAUUACAUCCCUUGGGCCUUUGUCUCGACUGAUAGCACAUGCCACCGAAAACGUCCACAAUCAAGCUCUAGUUGUCGAGUUGAUUGAUCUCUUGCUUGAAUAUUCUCGAACCUCGCUUGUCCAGUGGCGUCAAAACAAGUUAUCGGAGGUGGAUAUGUCAGAAGAAGACGAUUUUCUGGAUGAGAUUACUUUAAAGACAACGCUUCCCACAUUGUGGCGAUUGUUGAAAUCCUCUCUAUUUUCGAUGAUUAUAGUGCUUAGAGCUGCCCUUGGCAGGGUACUAAACGACCACUUAUUGGGUGCAGACAAGAGGAGCAACACCUCUUCCCAAUUCGUCUUCGUCAACUUGACCUCUCUCGAUAUCCUAUCACAAUAUCCAAAUCUGGUGGAAGAAUUCCUGGAGAGUAUUCGACCAUCAGAGAACGGUCGAAUACCUGCACAUCCAGUUGAUAGAUGUUUGGAUUUAUUUUUUCUGAAUACAGCGGAACAUUUCACACUCGUGCUGCCCCCGGAUGUGAAUGAGCGUUUGUUGAUAGCGGCGGCAAUGCCGUAUCUCGCAGUUGGGGGCAAUAAUAACCUGUUGGAGAUCUUUGAAGCUGCUCAUAGCGUCGUGUUAGCAGUACUUGCCGCACCGAAGAGUGCCGAUAUGGCAGCUAAGCACCUGCCAUAUUACGUUGAUACCCUGUUUAAUGUUUUUCCCCAGAAUCUGUCCGCCAGACAAUUCAAACUCGCUUUUAAGACAAUUCUGCAAAUCACCGCCCCCCCAUCGCCAUUAGCUAAUAGCCAGCCACUGCUCCCAUCCAUCCUCCUACAACUUCUGUACGACAGGGCCUUGACUGCACCUACAACUCCUCUCCCUCAUCCAACUACCACAGCAGACCCCUCGCCUACUGAAGGACCGCUUCUCUCCGAGCAAGCAGUUCUUACCCUCACUAUCAUUGAUUGCCUUUGUUUCCUUCAGGUUGAAACGCUAGAAGACUGGCUCAACCUCACAGCGCAUUUGAUCAGCCAGAUCCAAGAUCGCACCAUGAGAAGCGCUUGUCAGGAAAGACUCUGGGAUGCGCUGAGCAACGGAGAGAUGGAUGUUGAGAGGGCUUAUUUCUGUGUUACAUGGUGGAGUACACGAGGUGGAAGAGAAAAGGUGCUUUUUGGAGCUGAAGACGAUGUGCAGGUUCCAUACAUGAGCGGUGCUUUGGAAACUGAGAAUCCUGAACCAAGGGAGAGUAAACUGUGA